AUGAGGGUGAAACAAUCCAACAGACUUCCCCAGGAAAAAGAUCCACAGGUUGCCCGCAGAGCGGUGCAAAAGGUGGUAAAGCGCAGUCACGCUCGCACUGCAACUCCUUCAGAAGAACCCUCUCAGAAGUUUGCUACCGUGAUCCAGGACUUGGCUGUUCAAAGGCCACGUAAGGGGGGAGAAGAAGAACCUUCCUGGUUCAUUGCCGAAGCUUCGAAGCUUAAUCCCGCGUUGUUCCACAAACACAUCGAGGCUUUGGGUUUGAGCGAGGCGAACGUGAUAUGCCCGGACCCUCAUCAGAAAGCCAAUAGGCCUGGUGGAGCAUACUGCACCUGGUCGAGGCAUCAUGUGCACGCCGGAGCGACACUUCCAUUACACACCUAUUUCCGGUCUGUAGCGGAUUACUUCAAUGUCUCCCCGUUUCAUAUUGCACCGAAUGGGAUCCAGGCAUUGUCUGCAUUAUACAUUCUCUACUUCCUGCAUGGUUGGGACGAGCCCACCCCUCAUGAGUCCAAUGCGGGCACGGAGCUAGUGACUGACCAGCUUUCUCCUGGACCUUCUCCGCUCUUUCGUAGACCUGGUGACCUUAUCAUUAGGGAGCCUGAGCCUCAGCACCGAUCCGCCAUUCCCGCUCGGUCCGGGAAAGGAAAGGCUAUCCAGGUUGAGAGAGAACUCAGCUCAUCCUCGGACGACGAGGAUGAGUUUGUCGAUCAGAUUCUCAACGCAGAUCCAAAUAUGUUCAGGCAGUGCAUUGCUUCUUCUCCAAAGAGGAAAGCUGGCGAUGGAAGUGGCUCCAUGCCCCCGAGGAAGAUUCCGAAGGUAGUGCCGCCCAACCGAGGGAGACAACCCGAGGGGUCGACCACACUCCCACCGUUAGCUCCUUCGUCACUCUCUUCAUCAGCGAGCCUAACUCCUCCAGGUCCGCCUGGCCCGAGCAAGGCACUCCGGGCUGCUGAUACCAAGCUCAGGGGGUCAGCUGAUCAGACCCUCCGUGAUGCAUCAACGAUUCAAAGCUUUGAAUCUCUUCCCUGGCUUAGUGUCGAUCCUGUCCUAGAUAGAGGGAUUGCUCAGCUGACACACACCCUCAUGACCUUCUGCCACGCCCAGCAACGGUCGGUCAAUUAUAAGGAGUUGAUCAAGGUGCUGAAUGAUCAACUGGUGGAGGCCCAAGCCAAAGUAGAGACUCUAAUUGCCUUGAAAAAAGACUCCAAAUCCAAGUUGGAGCAGGCGGAAAAGACCGUGGCUGAACGGGAUGAGUCUCUUAGGAGACUAUCUGAUGAGAAUCAGCAGCAGGCUCAAACCAACCAGUCCUUGAGUGCUCAACUGGAGAAGCUGACCCUUGAGAAUAAGGAGUUAGCUCGUGAGAAUGAGGGAUUGGUAAGCGAGAAUGAAGAGUUGAAACAAAAGAAGGAGUUUGAUUUAAUUCGCUUUGAGGAGGCUAGCUUCGACUGCUUUUAUCAGGUCUGGAAGCUGAAUAAACCUCUCAAGCUCGAUUUUUUCACCAAGGAGGUUCAGGCAGAGGAGCUUGCUAGAUGUGAAGCAAGGGCUGCUGAGGAAGCUGCCAAUCCUCCUGGCCCUACUCCAGCCUCCUCUACGUUAUCAUUCCGAGCAAGAGGAGCAGCUGAGGCCGAGGAGGGGGUUGACCAACCCACCAGAGAAGCACGCCAGUAACUCCUCAUCUUGCCAGAGCACACCUGCAUGACUAGUUGUAGUUUUACUAGUUUUUAUCAUAGUUUGCUUUAUCUUGUAUACUUUUGCUCGGAUGAUUGAGCCAUUUUGACACUUAGCACUUUACUUUUUUCUUUUUUGACUAACUCUAAACUUUUAAGUCUUUAUUGUGAAUAGUAAAGUUCCUAGAUGCCUCAAAUUUCACAUGAGUAUUUAGUUUUCUAACUUAGAAAUUCUAAACAUUUCAUAAGUCCAUACUAAAUAUACUUCCUCAUGCUUUUAUUGCUCUAACUUUUUAUGAGCAUAAAUUUUAUCAUUACACGAAUAUCUGU